AUGUCGAUUAGCUCGGUUGGUCAAUUGCGUGAAAUUUGUCGGCGUAGGGAGUUCUUCCUACAGGAUAUGAGUCGUAAGCAUGGAUUCUCCGGUAGCAGGCAUAAUCAUUUUUCAAAGCGUGCAGCAGAAGUUGAAUUCAAUGAAGUUAACGAGCCUGAAUUACUUGAGUUUGAAGAAGUUUCGGAGGUCUCAUCUGUGUGUUGGAAUUGUAGGCAUACAGGUCAUAGAUACCAAGAAUGUUUAGCUGAUCGCAGUGUUUUUUGUUAUGGUUGUGAGCUCUGCACUGAGAAGUGCACCCAGACCGAAAACUUGUCAACAAUCCUCACAGACCAUGUAAAAAUAUUUUCUCGUUCAAAUUUUCCUUCGGAUACUCAACCUGAGGAAACCCAUAAUACUGAAUAUUCAAAUAAAAAUUAUGAUACCCAGGAUAAUACUGUGAUUCAAAGUACUUGCCCUACUACUACAGGACCUCGUCCAAUAAUACCUUUUCAUGUGAGGUUAAAAAAUUAUCUCAAGGUCAGAGACAGGAUAUUCAAUGAAGAGCCUAGGGUUGCCAGGUCAAGCAAAAGGAUGAGAAAAUUUUGGAAAAUUGUCAAGAAUUUAAAAAGGAACUUUAGUGUUUCAGUACUUGAGAGGCCAGGCGAUGUUCGUCCUUAUGCUGAGGUGCGUUUGUUAGAUAGAAAUGUGAUAGGUCUUUUAGACACUGGUGCCUCCGUGACGUGUCUUGGUGCUCAAGCCGCUAUAGAUUUUCUAGGAUCUCAGAUUCCUUAUAAGAAAUUAAACACCACUGUCAAUACGGCAGAUGGUAAACCUCAAAGGAUUGCGGGUGUUUUUACGACUGAAGUGGUUUUUAGAAAUAAAAGUGAGCCCAUUACUAUUUAUGUGGUUCCUAAUUUGUCACAGGAUUUGAUACUUGGCAUUGAUUUUUGGAGGAAAUAUAACCUUCUUCCUCAGUCUCUUUUAAAUGGAAUUUCCAGUUUAUCGUUCUCAGUAGGCGAUGCCCAAAAUUUAGACCAGAAAUAUCUCUCGGUGGAUCAGAAGUUUCAGCUGCAAUGUGCUAUUGAUUUAUUUCCUUCGUUCGCGAAAGAGGGCCUAGGGAAAACGAAUGUUAUUUGCCAUACUAUUAAUACGGGUGGUGCAACCCCGAUAAAACAAAGGCAUUUCCCUGUCUCUCCGGCGAUUGAGAAGCUAAUCUACGAAGAGCUUGAUCGCAUGUUGGCUAUGGGUGUAAUAGAGGAGUCCACUAGUCCUUGGUCUUCACCGAUUGUUUUGCAUAGAAAACCAGGCAAGAAUCGCUUAUGCUUGGACAGUAGAAAACUUAAUGCUGUUACAGAGGGGGAUGCUUAUCCACUUCCACAUAUCGAUGGUAUCUUGAGUCGUUUGCCUAAAGCUGAAUUUAUAUCCAGCCUUGAUUUGAAGGAUGCAUUCUGGCAGAUACCGCUAGAUGAAUCGUCGAAAGUUAUGCCAUUUGGCUUAUGUAAUGCCCCGCAAACCAUGUGCAGGCUUAUGGAUAGGGUGAUACCGGCAUCUCUCAGAGCUGAGGUUUUGGUCUACCUGGACGAUCUUCUAGUGGUAUCUCCCACAUUUGAUCGGCAUCUAGAGGUACUCAAGGAAGUGGCUAAGUGUCUUCGUAAUGCUGGACUUACAAUAAACACUAAUCGAAAAUUCGUAUGGACCGAGGAGGCCCAAAAAUCCUUUGAAGAUUUGAAAUCCAUUCUUAGCUCAGCCCCUGUUUUGCACAGUCCUGAUUUUUCACAGCCGUUUUUUAUACACUGUGAUGCCAGCAAAACAGGAAUAGGAGGAGUCUUGGUGCAAAAGAAUGCGGAGGGCGAUGAGUUUCCUGUGGCGUUUAUGUCUAAGAAACUUAACCAAGCCCAACGUAACUAUAGUGUCACUGAACAAGAAUGCUUGGCAGCAAUGCUUUGCAUUAAAAAGUUUCGAGCUUAUGUCGAGGGACAUGAGUUCACGGUGAUUACUGAUCACGCCUCUCUUAAAUGGCUCAUGUCCCAAACUGACUUAAGCACGCGGCUAGCUAGAUGGGCCUUGAAGCUUCAAGGAUACCGGUUUAAAUUUGAGCAUAGAAAAGGGUCGCAGAAUAUAGUUCCUGAUGCGCUUUCGCGUACGAAUACCGAUGACUUGUCCGAAAUAUGCGGUCUGUCCGAGAUAAGAAAUGAACGCGGGGUUUUUGUUGAUUUAAAAUCUGAACAUUUUUCCUCUGACGACUACAAGGACUUAUUGAGAAGGGUUGAAGAUAAUAUCGAUUCCACUCCCGACUUGAAGAUUAUCGAUGGUUAUUUAUACAGACGAACGGAACACGCCGUUGGAGAACAGCUUGCUGAUGACAUGAUUUGGAAGCUAUGGAUUCCUAAAAGUAUGGUUCCAGAGGUAUUGCAGAAACAUCAUGAUGACCCCUUGUCUUCGCAUUGUGGGAUUAAUAAAACAUUGGAAAGAAUUCGCAGAUACUAUUUCUGGCCUAACUUAGUUUGGGAUGUUAAGAAUUAUGUUAACUCGUGUGAAUUUACAGCUGAUGCUGUUAUUAAGUAUAUGGAAGAAGAUUUGUUUCACACAUUUGGUGUACCAGAGAGCGUUAUCUCGGAUAAUGGAACGCAGUUCAAAGCAAAGAAAUUUAAUGAUCUUUUGAAUUUUUAUAAGAUUUCUCAUAUUUAUACCGCAGUUCAUUCGCCACAGGCUAAUGCCUCUGAACGGGUGAACCGAUCCGUCAUUUCUGCUAUUAAAGCAUAUGUAAAACCCGAUCAAAAAAAUUGGGAUGAAAAACUAAGCCACAUUGCGUGUGCUUUGCGUUCGACGGUACAUACUGCCAUUGGGACUUCCCCUUAUUUUAUGGUUUUUGGUCAAAAUAUGGUGACUAAUGGUUCUAUUUACCAACUGCUAAGAAAACUGAAUGCUUUAGAGGAUAGGGCGAUACAAUUUAAUAGAUCGGACACCUUUGAUGUUGUUAGAUCUAAAGCUGCUAAUGUGAUGAGAGUGCAACAUGAUCGUAAUGAAAGACAAUACAACCUACGUUCGCGUGAAGUGUCAUAUAAUGUUGGUCAAGAGGUGUACAGGCGAAAUUUUAGCCAAAGCAGUUUUGAAAAAGGAUACAAUGCUAAACUUGCGCCUACGUUUAUUAAAUGCAGGGUUCGUCGUAGAAUUGGUACUUGUUAUUAUGAACUUGAAGAUCUUCAAGGCAAGUUGGUUGGUACAUAUCAUGCAAAAGAUAUGAGGCAAUAG